CCGCCGCCAUCUUGACAGACAGAAAGAGCCUGCUGUCGCCGUCAGCCGCCAAGCAACACCGUCCAGCUGAGCCGUUGUAGCUGAGAGCGCGAGCUGUUGGCUCCGCUGUAGGUGAACGCGGUGAGAAAUCGCGUCGGGCUAUCGUUCGCGCGACGCGAACGCAGGAACCGGCUGGCAGGUGGAGGAGGAGGAGGAGGCGCCGGACGACGACGACAACGAGGAGUAGGAGGUGGAACAGAAGAGGAAGACGGGAACGUGGAGAGGUACCGGAGCACCGGAAAAGCAGCGCGACGGGUCGAGUACAAUAUCGGGGUUGAGCGGGACGUCACGGGCGCCUCGCGCGGUGAGCGCCUGGUUUUCCGGCUCUCGGUGUGUUCGUGCCGUGCCGUGCCGUGUUAAUCGUGUGCGGUGAAGUUAACUCGGUGUGCCGAACCGCCCGAAUAUCGUCGCGCUCCCGUUCGUCCGUCCGUCCGUCCGCGUCGCGUGGAAGAAGGCUGACUUCACUCGCUCGCACGCGGAACGUCGGCAUUCCUCGCGCGUUCUCUUCGUCGUGCGUUCCAUCAGUGAGGAGGACGAGAACUCGAUCGCUCCGAAUUAAAUCGUCGGGGAGAAUUCGCGACGUUGUCGUAAACGUGGACUGCCGCUACUUCUGCUAACUUUUGCUGCUACCAAGUGUGACAGACAGUAUGGCGGGACAAACGAUCAACGACAGGCUGUUGGCCGCGAGGCACAGCAUCGCCGGACAAGGCCUCGCCAAGUCCGUCUGUAAGGCCACCACGGAGGAAAUGAUCGGACCCAAGAAGAAGCAUCUCGACUAUUUAAUUCAUUGCACCAAUGAGCCGAACGUCUCCAUACCACAGCUCGCUAACCUCUUGAUAGAGCGCUCACAGAACACAAACUGGACGGUAGUCUUCAAAGCACUGAUCACCGUGCAUCACAUGAUGUGCUACGGCAACGAGAGGUUCACGCAGUAUCUCGCUUCCAGCAACAGCACGUUUCAACUUAGCAAUUUUCUCGACAAGAGCGGCGUACAAGGAAUACGCGUGGGAUAUGACAUGUCACCGUUCAUCAGGCGAUACGCCAAAUACCUCAACGAGAAGGCCCUCUCUUACAGAACGGUAGCGUUUGACUUCUGCAAAGUGAAAAGAGGGAAGGAGGACGGCACUCUACGCACAAUGAAUGCCGAGAAACUGCUGAAAACUUUGCCGGUGCUGCAGUCGCAACUCGACGCACUGUUGGAAUUCGAUUGCACGGCUAACGACCUCACGAAUGGCGUCAUAAACAUGGCCUUCAUGCUCCUCUUUCGAGAUCUUAUCCGGUUAUUCGCCUGCUAUAAUGACGGCAUCAUUAAUCUGUUAGAGAAAUACUUCGACAUGAACAAGAAACAAUGCCGGGACGCUUUAGACCUUUACAAAAAAUUCCUUAUACGCAUGGACAGGGUCGGGGAAUUUCUGAAAGUCGCGGAAAAUGUCGGCAUUGAUAAAGGAGACAUACCAGAUCUGACGAAGGCACCGAGCAGUUUACUGGACGCCUUGGAGCAACAUCUCGCUUCUUUGGAAGGAAAGAAGGGCUCCGCCGCGAACACACCUACGCAGUCGGCAAGCAGCAAUAGAACCAAUGUAAAGUCGGGAGUGUCCGCCCUGUCUUCCACCAGUAACGCGUUCGGAACAGCGGCCAGCAACGCGCGGCUCGACCAAACCGGGAAUGGCCACAUCGACGAAGCACUGCGACAGCAAGCUCUUGCGGAAGAGGAAGCCGCCAUGAAUCAGUAUAAGGCAAAAGUACAGUCGCCAUCAAGCACCAGCACAAAUCCCUUCCUCAGUUCGCCGACCAACAAUGCCAACCAACCGAUUGUGGAUUUGUUCGGUGCCGUGCCAGGGUCUGAUAAUCAACAGUCAUCGCAAAAGGCGUCGGAUGAUCUACUGCAACUGGCGGGUAAUCCGUUCGCGAACAUGUUCGGGACACCGCAACCAGGCGCGCCUGCUGCACAACCGGCCGCACAGAUGCAGAACAACAUGUGGAUGACCAACGGUACUGGUUUCGCGCCAGCUGCGCCACCAGCAAAUAAUAACUUUGUUACAGAUAACAGUUUUUCCUCCGUAUUCGGAAAUCAGGAUCAGCAAUCUACUGGCGCCCCAGGAGCGGCCGCAUCCGUACCUAAUCCCUUCAUGUCCGAUUUCCCGCCCCUCGGUGCCACCGGUGGCCAACAGGCAGCGAACGCGGCCGCCUUCGGGCUCUUCGAUGCAAACACCGGCGCGGUAAACGACCCGGCGCCAGGCGGAGAUCUCUUCAGUGCCGGUCAGGCGGAUCUCUUCGGGGGUGACGGGUCCGCCGCCGCUGCGAUGCUAAAGACCGCCGCAAACGGCGGCGAUGGGGACGCCGCGGCGGCCGAGGUGGUGGCGUCGGCGGCGGCGCCCGCCGUCGCUGUCGGCAGACCGUCAUCCACUGCCACGCCGCCACCUAGACCACCGCCACCCGCGACCGCCGUUGCCGCCGCGAACGGUGCCGCACCGCGUGCACUGUCUUCGACCGUCGGUGCCGCCGACGGCGGAGCGUCGCACGGUAGGCAAGCGUCGGCGACGGCGCCAGCGGCAGCGACGGCGGCGGCCUCGGGCGCUCCUACCAGCAAGAGCGCCUUCGACGAUCUCAACGACAGUAUUCGUAUGGCACUGGGUGGAUCUCCGUCGCGUCCAGCGCCCAUGGUCCAGCAGCAGCAAGCUGCGGCGGCCCAGCAGCAACAAAUGCAGCAGCAACAAAUGCCGCCGGCGGCAGCGGCCGGUAUGUACGGCGAGGCCGCCGGCCAGCCCAUGAUGACCGGUGCGCCGCCGAUCGUCGGCUACGGUAUCCCUACCCAAGCCCAAGUCCCCGUGGGGUACGGUUCGCCGGCAAAGCAGCCGAUGUCAGCGGCGGGACAACCGGUCAACGCAGCUGGUACUGGUAAGGUCUUGACUGGAGAUUUGGACAGCAGCCUUGCUAGCCUCGCGCAGAACUUGACUAUCAACAAGAGCGCCCAGCAGCAAGUGAAAGGAAUGCAAUGGAAUUCACCAAAGAACGCUGCGAAAACGGGCGGUCCUGCUGGCGGGUGGUCACCACAACCAAUGGCAGCUACCACUGGUGCUGGUUACCGGCCCAUGGGCCAAGGAAUGACGCAACUGCUACCCACGACCGCGACCACCAUGGCUUUCCCUUCGCAGCCCGCGAUGAUGGGUAUGCAGGGUAUGCCGAUGGGCAUGCAGGGCAUGCAAGGUAUGCAGGGUAUGAGACCGAUGAUGUGCACUAUCCCAGGUGCUUCCGCCGCCGGUGGCGGUAUGAUGGUUGCGGGAGGAGCUGCGCCCAUGAUGGCCAUGCCCGGCGCGAAUCCCAUGAUGGCCGGUACUAACUUGCAGCAGCAGCAGCAGCAGCCCCAACCCGCUGCAGCAGCUCAGCCACAAGGCAAUGCUGUCCAACUCGAUCCCUUUGGUGCUCUGUGAAGGGAUUAGGAUUUCAAAUGGAAUUAAGAAGACGGAUCGUCAUUUUGUAAAUACCGUGUAAUAUGCUUAGAAGAAAGAAAAAAAAGUAAAAAAUAAUGUGUCCCGCUUAUUUCUGUUAGGCAUGGCCCGAUCGAUCUUGGAUCAUUGUUCGUCACUCGAAUCGUCUCACUGUGAAUACGAUCGAUAAAUUGUAUUAUACUUCCUGUAAUAUGCUCGCCGAGUGUAACAUGCGUUACUUCGACAUAGUGUUCCCACAUGAACAUUGGCUGAAGUCGAAUGUUGUUUAAAUUUAAAUGAAUAUCUGUCCCUUUUUUUGUGGAAAGCGGCAAAAAUUGAUUGAAUCAGAAUUGAUUUCAGCCAAUGUUCUGCAAAAGCUGCGCAUAAAGGCGGUUCGCUCGCCUUGAAAAUCCGUAGCUGGGCAUAAUUAUGUAGCUUAGACGAGAGUUGUUCGGACGUGAAUUGCGUUUAGAAUGACGAACGCUGCCGUUGCGUGCGGUGAAUUUUUUUCCUGGUGAGGAUUAACUGUGAUAGCACUGCGCCGUGUACUGUGCGCUGAAACAGUUUUUCUUCGUUGAUACGUCGUGUAAGCCUAUUGUCGAAGAUGCAUUUUCUAAGUUCGAUGAAGAAUUAUGUAUGUAGCGAUAUUUAGGUACGAUUAGUUUUUACAUUGGCGGGAGAGAGAGAAAGAGAGAUUGUAUAUCCGGCAGCAAAUCGAUGAGAGCGUGUUGUCGAGUAUGGUGGGGACACUUCGGUGGUUCGUUAUGGUUCUAAACGUAAUCGCGUUAAAUUAUGUACACGUAGCUGACGAUUGCACGUACCAAUGUCUGCGUUACUGUUAAAAAAAAGCCGGUUAAGCGUAAAAUAGAGAAAAGAUCGAGAUAGAAGUUCGCAUCGGGCACAUAUCCUCAUGUAAUAUAAUAUAUAUAAAUAUAUAUAUAUUGUUCUGCGAAAAUGUGCGGAUAUGUGGUUUUAAGGACGGUGCGAGGGAGAGAGAGAGAAAGUUUCGAGGCGUAAAAUUUUUUCCUCGAAGUAUUAAAUAUAAAAUACGAUAAAGAUAUAUGAUAAUUAUCAUACACAAUAUAAUUAUAUAUAGAAAGAGAGAAAACAUUGAAACGAAUAGGUGGACUCAUUAAAUGUUCUUUAUCUGUAUACUGUUCGAGAACAUCUUAAUUAGGUAGUAAACGAAGUAUGUUAAACGAGUUAAGGGUACGACGCUCAUACAACAUUAAUUACGAAAUAUGACAGCGGAUCCAGCGGAUCCACGCUGUCGAGCACGGUACUAUCGAUGCAGUCAAUACUCCGUUGCGGGCGUUCGGUUUUAGGAUUUCGUCGGUGCAUAUUACACGUACACACACGUACACUCGAUUUUUCGUCAAAUUAUAAAUGUCGUUGUAACGAGAAAAAUGAAAAUCUCUCGAUGUAGCAUGUAUAUUGUAUAAUCGGUUAUUUAUCCGCGAUUGCUCGCUCGAACGAACUUUGGCCCGCGGCCAAAAGAGAAACGAACGGGAAAAGAGGGAAGGAAAAAGAAAUUCAUAAACAGCAUGCGCAGUGCUAGUCCACAAAAAUUAAUUAUUGCACGGUUCUCGCGAGCGAUAGAGCAAAUUGCGGUGGACGAUCCUUCAGUUCUAGAGCGCGAUAUUUUUAUCGAGGCCUCCACAUACCACACGUCGCGCAAUAGUGCUUUUCGCGUUAUCACUCGCGGAUAUCGCACGGAUAUGCUCUCACGAUCUCGCCUCUAGUAUUGUCUAUACGUUUCUUUCUAUUCGGUUUAUCCUAUUUAUUCUCUUAACAUCGCGUCGAGGAGACCGAUGGGACCGAUUCUUCCAAUGUCAAUUAAUUAUGGGUUAACUGAUCUUCCAUUUCUUUCUAGAUUGCGAUAUCUUGCUGCGAUAUGGAGAGUAAUGGACAAUUUAAUUGAUUAGAUUAAUUCCAGUCGUCAUCGGCAGAAUCGGUCCAUCGAGAGACUGCGGCCGAUGUUGUAGAUAACUUGAAUUUCCACGCCAAUCAUGAUUUAUGUGAGUAUUUUCUAUCGUUAUGUGUUUUAAAUCUAAGAGUACACCGUAUUAAUCUUUCUCACUCUCCUCGUGUCGAUAUAUUCAGUUUCGGUAGCGUGUAGAUAUAUCGACGUGUACAAAUGAGUGUAUACAUAUUGAUGAGCGGCAUAGAUGAAAGGAAUUUCUUCGAGUGCUCGGAAGGGGAACGAGUAUAUUUCUGUAAAGCCGGUUUGCGAACCAAGAAAAAUUGACAUUGUCGUUCGCGCGGAUGGGCGUAGAUGCAAUCGCGAGCAUCUGCGAGCUCGAUAUCAACGAAUCGCUUUCCCUUCCUUCGCUCGACGUUCCGUUUUUAGUUCGCUCGAUUAAUUUUACACUUCGCGUAGUCGGACGUAUUUUUGUAUCAUACAACACGAAUAAAAGAUCUUCACUCUGAGCGUGACCGGCCGCCGCGGGGACAGUUAAUUAGUCUGUAAAUCGGUAGUUACGAGUCAGCUUCAACCGCAGAGAUCGCGUGAGUUCUUCGAGGAUCACCGGUAGCUCUAGAACACGAUCUAGCGCGAAUCAAUUGAUAUGAUUAAUGAUAUUAUUAAUAUUGUUGCUAACAUUAUUUAUUGAAAAUUUAAUGCGGAAGGUUUUGCGCAAAGGUUUCUCGAAAUAGAUGUAUUUAGAAGAAUUCUGACGUAACGGUCAGUGCAGUGCACGAAUUGUAACAUAUAUCGGGAGCGCGCACACUGUGCGUACUCCAAAUCUAAUUUGGCGCUUCGUCUUUGAUAUCGAAAGGCGCACGAGUUUCUUUGAUUAUCCGAUGGGAUCGCUCGCGUGUAGGAUUAAUUAAAACAUUGAUCGUUGUCCUGCAUACAAGUAUCUCUUCCGUGCUUCUCCUCGUUGUACAGUAUCUCUCUCGUUCAUCCUCCUCCUCAUUUCUUCUCAUCCGAACCCGGCGUCGCACCGAAAGCUACCGGCGGCCGAGCGUAACAGGACAAUAUUACGUAUAUAUUAUUAUCGUAUUAUAUAGGAAGGUGUAACGAGAUAAUCCUGCUGUAUUCUAUCUCUCUCACUGUAAACUAGUAAGAUUUUACCGUCGCAACUUCUUACCGGCCCGAAUAGUUUAUGUAAAGCCUCUCGGCCGCGUAAGAGCACACACUGUACAUUGUUAGUAUUUAUCGAAAGUAAGAUCGGCUCGGACGAGCUCUGUCAGAUGGUCCCGGGAAACUUUUUAGAGCAGCUUUCAAUUCUCAUUCUUGCUAGAAGCUUUAAUAUUAUAUUAUUAAUUUAUUAAAAAUCCAAUUUUCUCAGUUAGAAUCUCCUCAGAAUGCUGCAAUCCAUAAUUUUUCUCCCCUUGCGCGUAAAAUUUUCCUCACCGUCUGACACUGUUAAGUCUCGAAAAUUAUGUCAAUAACGGGAGACGAUAGGAAAAGAGCGAAAAAUCAGGAUCUCACGAAUUUUUUCAUCGCGAUCUAAUGGAGAUGCCUUGUUACUGCUCCAAGAACGGCUUGUCGCGUUUCUCAUAUUCUCCCUAAAGAAAGAGAGAGAAUUUUUCGAGAGAGGUAUUUACUGUUAUUUAGUUUUAACCCUGUCAAUGCUUGUACAUGUAUCAUAAUAGUAUAUAUAGAAAGAGAGAAACAAAAAAAAAAUCAUGAAGCGAUAAUGAUUUAAAUCCGGAACGCAAAAUUUAUCUCGAGAGCAGAACGAUCCGGUAUCGUGUGAGCGCGCAAUGACGAGCCGACAAUGCCUUCUCGUUGUACAAAUGUCGAGGAAGAUGAGGAAAAGAAGGAGGAACGCGAUCGUAAUAUGAUUAUAUCAUUUGGCGGCGUAUAUAUUUACUUUAAGAUAUAUACACACACAUACACAACACACAAAUCAGCAUAGUUUCGCUGUAAUAGGGAAAAAAAGAAAUGAAAGAAUAUGCGUAGAAAUUCGUAGAUAGUGCAAAAAAAAGAUGAUAUAUAUAUAUAUACAUAAAAAAAAUAUAUACAUAUAUAUAUGAAAUAUAUAUGUGGCCGUAUAUUGUGGUACGCGAAGUAUAAAAGAAUUAAAGCGACUAGAGUUGCGAUUUUUGGACGGGAUCGAGAUAAGUGGGAUAAGUUAGGUCGUUUAAUUAGCGCAAAUUAGCAGUUAAUAUAAUUAAUUUUAUUAUUGAUUUUUUUAAAAAUAAUUUAUAUGCAUGUAUUUUUCAUACAGACGUCCCAGAACCACGGGACGUCUUCAAGUAUAGCUAGAAAACAAAGAAAGUGGCGAUUGUUUUGUUAGCAAGGAGUUGAGCGAGAUAUUGAAUGUUAUUUAAUAUAUAUAUAUAUAGAGAAAGAAAGAGAGUUGAAAAUAUAGAAGCUUUCUUUGUGGUGAAUUAUGUCUCGAAGAAAUAAAUUGACGAAAUAAGUAACAAGA